AACGAAUUUGCUUGAAUAUCCUUUCUUUUGAGAUCGCAGCAAUGCGCGACGGGUAAGCUAGUACUGUAUACAAUUAAGAUACAUAUGUAUAUAUGGCCGAAGGCCACAGUAAAGAUGUGGACAGACCAAACACUAGGCGACAUUUUCCUCCGGUAACCAGUCACGCGACAAACAAAUAUGGCCGCCUUCAUUAACAUCUCUAUUGUUGUCUGGACUGCUGAGCGUAACAAUCAACGAGAUGUUAUCUGUUACAUAACCCUUGUAUCAGCUUAUCUAAUCUAGUGAAGCUUUCAACAAGCCAGACAGGAAUUAAAAUGGCUGCUACUAAUGCUACAAUUAAUGAAAGUAUUCAGAAACACAAAGAUCUAUUUUAUAGAAUAUCUCAAGAAAUCUGGAAUCAUCCGGAGUUGGGUUUCGAAGAGGAGUUUGCCCAUCGAUUGCUAACGGAUUCACUCGACAAAUUAGGAUUUAGAACACAGAAAAAUUACGUACUUCCAACAGGAUUCAGGGCCGAAUUUUCUAACAACUGCAAAGGUCCGGUUGUGGCAAUUCUUUGCGAAUACGAUGCGCUUCCAGGUAUGGGGCAUGCUUGUGGGCAUAAUUUGAUAGCUGAAGCUGGCAUUGCUGCUGCAGUUGCCGUUAAAGCUGUACUCGAAACGGAUCCUUCCGUAGGAGGAACGAUCGUUGUAUUUGGAACUCCCGCCGAAGAAAAUGGAGGUGGUAAAAUUCACUUCGUUAAAGCUGGAGCGUUUGAGAAUGUCGACGUAGCUUUAAUGGUUCAUCCGGGAAGGAGCAAUAUAAUUUUCAAGCCUAACAUCACCCGUAUAAAUAUAACCGCCAUUUUCAAAGGAAUCUCGAGUCACUCUUCAGCGAGUCCAUGGCUAGCGAGAAAUGCACUAGAUGCUGCUGUUAACAGUUAUACUAGUAUAGGUCUUUUGAGGCAACAGGUCCAUCCUGAAUGCAGAAUUGGAGUUAUAAUCAGUAAAGGAGGCGAAGCGCGCAACGUCAUACCCAGCGAAGCUGAAAUGCAACUUGGAGUAAGGACUCGAAAUAUGUCCGAAUUGGAUGAAUUAGUCAAAAGGAUCGAAGCCUGUUGUCAAUCUGGAGCUGCUGCUGCCGGGUGUGACGUGGACUUCAUCACGGAAGAUGAUGCGUACGAUAACAUGUUUUAUAACAAACCGUUAGGCAUGCGAUUCAAGAAACAUGCCGAAGAACUUGGUUUACAGUUUGUGGAACGUUCAGAAGAUAUUGGUAGAGCCAGCACCGAUAUGGGUAACGUUUCUCAGGUUGUACCAAGUAUUCAUCCAGUGUAUCGUAUAGGGAAUACCCCCAAUCAUACUAUACAAUUUGCCAAUGUUGCAAGGAUGGAAGAAUCGCAUCUGUCUUCUUUACAAAUGGCAAGAGUGAUGGCUCGUACAUGCGUGGAUGUAUUCGAGGAUCAGAAACUUUUAGAAGAAAUUAAAAAGUAUUUUUUAGAGAAUAAAAGAGCAAUGUAAUUCUUCUAGUGUGGUACGUGUACAGGCCACACUGUGUUGCAGUACAACCUUCAAAUUAAACCCAUUAUAACAGGCCUGGCUCGGUAAGGACUCUAAAACUCUGGUUUAGAUGAGUUAUUAUGAUGCCUAUGAUAACUUACUAGAUCUUCAUCUAUACGGGAAUCGAACCCGAAUCCUCCAGAGUGCUUACUGACUUUCUUCUAAGAAAAUCCUUCAGUAGAGCUAAUAGA